GCGGCAAGUGGCGGGUAUGGUGCGGACCAAGGCGACCUGCGGAGGCACCGCCGGUGCCUAUCGGAAAGUGGUAGCUGCUAGGGCUCCCCGGAAAGUGCUGGGCUCUGGACCGGCGAAUGUUAGUCCCUCUCCUACAUCAAGGAAAGCUGAAAGUAAGUAUGCAGGAGGCAAUCCGGUAUGCGUCAGGCCGACCCCACCAUGGCAAAAAGGAAUUGGAGAAUUCUUCAGGCAAACCCCAAAUCUUCUGGAAAAGGAGAACCAAAACUCAGAGGAGGAGCCAGGGUGCAGUGAAAUAGGAAAACGCAGAAAGAAAGCACGUCCUUUGCCUCCUUGUCCCUUAGAACAGGAAGAACUUUCUGAAGAUGAUCAAAUGUGAGCAAGUCAUGAUUCUUCUGCUAGCAGAUCUUAUAAUGCUCUGUCUCUCGGAGUGUUGUGUAUAGUCUGUAUAUAUUACACGCAUUGUUUGAACUUGAGCCUUUUUAAGCACCUAGCAUGCUAUUCUGUUUACUAAAAUAACCUAAAACUUGACAGACUAAAAAAAGGGAGAGGUUAUUGGUACAAUGCUCUUAGUACUUCAAUGCCUUAAUGAUUUUUAACAAGUUUAUAUGUUCUAUAUUAAAUUUGUUUUGCUUCUUUAUGCACUUACUAAAGUUCUGUGCCAGAUCAGUGUUAAAUAACAUUAAGUUUCUGUAAAAAAAAAUGCUGUAUUUGACUCUUGCUAUGAUGAAUAUCCAGUUUGUUCUGUGAACUAGAAAAUGCUGAAUUAAUAACUUUUAGAUUUAAAAGACACAAGGCCCAAGAAACUUACCUCAUUACAGUGCCAGCACUGUAGGAUUUCUGUAUGGUAUGAUAGGUUGAGAGGGCCAAAUAGUGGUACAAAGGCAACAUGAAGAACAGUAAUACUAAUAUCAGGAAUAACAUAUUAAUGCUUCCAAAGAUUUUCUAGCUUCCUUCCAUAUCUGUUUUUGUUGUAUUGGGAAAUGUUGUAUUCUAUUAAUGAAUCUGGAAAUUUCAAAACCCACUACAUUAUUUGUAAUGGUGGAGUUGGCCUAAUAAAGAUAUAAUGCAGAUUUUUAUUGAAUUCA